AUGAUGAGCUGUGAAUCCUACAUCGAGACCGUCGAAACAGACUUGACCCUGACAAGCCCUCAUACACCAUCGACACGACAAACCCCACCAGUCGUGCACGACGAAACCGCAAAAUACGAAACCGAGAUCGACGAUAGCAUGUACGAAGACCGAUUCAUGGUCGAGCUUCAACGGCUUCGUCGACGCAUUGUCUACGGGCAGGACGGCGUCCCGCCCAAGGAGCUCCUCAAUGCUACCCGUCUCCACGCCCGACACCAGGAGCUCCCACAAUUUACGGGUACGCUACGCGAUCCGAAUCGGAUUCGCCUGGUGCAGAGUACGGUUUCGACGCGGCUUUUGGAGGUCCUUCUAGGGUUGAUGCUUCUUGCGGCGGGAGCGGCUGUCUGGGCGAUUGAUAUGAAGCGCACGUUGCCGAAGAAUCCGUGUAGUAUUGGGGUGGUGGUUAGUCUUUUGGCUGGGUCGAAGGCGAUGCUUGAUGAGGGUCUCAUUCCAAUUGGGUCGGAGUGGCUUAAUGAUCGGAGUUGUCUCGAAGGGGUGUUCUUGCUGGGUUCUUGUUCAGUCUUGGGUGGUGGGAUGAGAGUGGAAGAAGAGGUUUGGAAUUGGGGUUGGGCAAGCUAA